AUGACUUCAGAAAAGGACCCUCUUGUGAGUGAAAGGUCAGGUACUGUCCGUGAAGUUGGAAAUCAUGCGAUCUGGAGUUUAUCAUCAUGCAAACCCGGUUUUGGUAUAGAUCAACUCAGAGAUGAUUGUAUGGACACUUACUGGCAAUCAGAUGGUCAACUACCACAUUUGGUAAAUAUUCAGUUCCAAAGAAAAACUAUGGUAUCUCAUAUUUAUAUCUAUACUGACUAUAAACUGGAUGAAAGUUACACACCAAGUAGGAUAUCUAUUCGUGCUGGGACACAUUUCAAUGAUUUACAAGAAAUUGAGGUGAUAGAGUUAAUUGAACCAAGUGGUUGGGAAAUGAUUCCUAUCAAAGAUAUGCACGAUAGGCCAAUAAGAACAUACAUGAUACAAAUAGCUGUUCUCAGCAAUCAUCAAAAUGGUCGAGAUACGCACAUGAGACAAAUUAAGAUUCAUUCUCCAUGUGAACCAACAAGUUUCGACAUCAACAAAUUUACAAAUUUUUCUACAGUACAGUUCCAGCAAUUUGCAACUAUUAGAUAA